UGUAUAUUUCGUUGUUCCUAGUUACGGUAUAGUAGGGUGUUGUAUUUAUUGAUUAUUGUUGGUAUCCAUUUUGUUUCAGUCUGUCAGUUAAAAAACUAAAACAAAACACUAAAUAGUGUUACCCAUCGAUUUGCGAUGGAUAGACGCAAUAUACGUUAUGAAGUACUCUCUGGGGAAGAUGAGCGGGUACCAGCUGAGCCAGUUGUUCUUGCCAUGGUAGUGCCCCUUGCUGGGGACCAGCAUCUGGCCCCACCUCAUAGCGAUGAGAUUCCUAGCACCAAACUGCCCAGCUACCAGGAGGCGACUACUCUGCCAAGUUAUGAGGAGGCUGAACGCUCCAAGGCUGCAGAGGCCUUGCGGGACGGAGAGGGUGUGAGGCAGCGUGACCUAGAGGCCAGUAACCUGUCCGAGGUGGCUGUAGGCACUGAUGGAAUGUUCCUCUGUACCUUCAUCUUGUCAUUCCUGUUCAACUGGAUAGGGUUCCUGUUCUCUGUGUGUCUUGUGCAGACGAUAGCCGGCCGAUGUGGCGCACUCUCUGGGCUAGGCCUGGGUAUUGUAAAGUGGGUUGCAAUCAUUAAGCACAAUCAGUGGGCGGCUGGGUAUGCUGACCAGGAAUCCUGGGUUUGGUGGCUCCUCAUAUUCUGUGGGUUCAUGAUAUUCAUUCGUGGCGCAGUGGAGUACGCGAGGUUCAAGUUUGAAUGGAACAGGGUCCGAAUCCAAGUACGCAGUUACCGCCUCUUCUAGGUCCACAACACCGCAGUGUUCAACUCACCCGAAAUGGAGCCAGCAAACAAAUUUUAGCAAACUUUCCUUUAAUUUUUGUAACGCACGUUUUUUAUAUCAUUUAAUCCUAAUGCACUUUACUGCAUUUUGGUUAUCUAAUGAAGUGAAGCAAAAAAACAACAUACUAAUUUGAUAGAUUUUGUGUUGGAUUUUGUCUUAUUCAGCGACUAACAUUUCAGCCUUCUUCACCAGUAAUACUCUAACAUCAUUUAUAAUAGUUAAAUGAAAUUUUGUGGAUUUCUAAAAUGAUUUUUAUGUGGUUUUCUGAUUAUGGAGAAAAUAGGAAUUUGCAUCAGUCAUUUGAUGUGUUGGUGCAAAAUUUUUGUAAAUUCCUUGAUCAGUCAACGCACAAAGUCAAUGAAAAUUAAUUUUGCAUUUGUAAUUUUAUUUUUUCCGUAUUCUUUUCUGGAAUAUUGCAUUGAAGUUGAACAAAGUUUCUACGGGAAGGUCAUGCUGGUAAUUGUUUUUAAAUAUUCAAUAUUAUUGUUUUUACCUUUAAUUGGAUAUUUGAUGUUGAAUGUUGUAAUUAUUUAUAAUUUUGACCAAAAUAUACAGAUUUCAAAAUAAAUACAAAGAACUAGGGCCAGUUAUAUGUUAAGAAUUGAUUAAAAAUCUUUAUUAUUAGUACGCCAUUAUAGGAGAAAGAUGACGCACACAUUAUUUGGAAACUUGUUUUUCUGUACAUUGUAUCGAGUAUAUAGUGUAUAUUUAGAAUAAUCAGAGUCUUACGAAACCAAGAUAGUUUUCUUCAAUGUUCCCUCUGUGUAUGUAUUGUAUAUUUGUUACCUAUGUACCUAUUGUUACCUAUGAUAAAAAAAUUAAGCGGUCAUCUAUACUGUUAAAUUAAUGUUUUAAUUGUUAUUUAAUCAAUUUUUUCUAUAUGCCUUUCAAUCAGUUUUUUGUAUUGAUGUUGAUUUUAAAAUCUUAAAUGUUCAAUUUUUGUUGAAAACAAAUACAAUUUAUACGUUUAUGUGAUAUAUAAUGCCCAUAAAUAAUUUUUUAUGAGUUUUUUUCUCUAGAAAGAAUAUGAUGGGUCAAAAUUAUUUUUUCCGAAGUACAUGUAUAAAUAACAUAUUGUUGGAUAAUUCAUGGACUUUUUAUGGAUUAUUUUGGAGAUUUUGUGUCAAACGUUAUUUAUUGACCUUUGUGUUUUCUAUAUAAUCCUAGUCGUUCACAUUUUGGUAAAAUGUUAAUUUUGUAUCUUGUGAUCUAAUCAAUAAAAAUGAACUGCU